AUGAGCCGCGCGUCUUCGGUGCAGCGACGACCACAUUCGUCGGCGCCGGGUGAGGUGAGUAGCGUCGGUGCACCCGUACGCUCAAAUGCGCGUCAUGAGCCAGCUCGCCGUAGGGCGUCGGCAUACUCGUCCUGGGCGGCAUAUUUCCCGACGCAGGCGAGUCUGUUUCGCGACUCGUACGGCUUUUCUUUGGCGUGCACUGCAGUGUCGAGGGGGCGCCACUAUCCGCCGUCGCACGGAGGGCUUCAUGCCAACGCGAGCGGCGGAGACCGAGGCGUCGGCUCGCACCACCACGAUGUAACACGUAGCCCCGGUGUCGGGCGGCCGCCUCCGCCUCCACGACGUGCAGUCACGGCAGGAGCACCCGCGGUACGAUCUCCCGCGGGGAAUGGCAGCGGCGCCGCGGACGCGAUUGCGUUUCAGUACUACUCACAGCAGCGCCAGAGGCGAGGGCAUCUGCGUUCUGCAUCUUCCCUCCACGAGUUUGAGACGACUGCCACGCCAGUGCACUGGCAGCCAUUUACGCCGAGCGGCGGUGGCCUCUCCGCACCUGCAAGACCGGCUGGUGGGAGCGCCGGAGCUUCGUCUCCCCUGCUGGUCUCUCACUUUCCCAGCUGCCCCCCUCUGCACAUUUGUGACGAGGACAUCCAAGCUCGCCUGCAUCAUCACCCCUCAGCGCCGCUGUCACCUACCGAGCACAAGAGCGUGAUUCGUAACACGUCGACCUCGCUGGCUCCUCUCACACCGUCAAUGGAAGGGGGCAGCUGGCCUGUGCAGCUCUCUCCUUCUCAGUACCAGCAAUACGAGGGGCUGGUGCGGCUACUGGCACAGCUCCCGGCAGCACAGGCGCACGGCGUCCUCCUCGCCGCGAUCCACCAGUAUGAGGCACAGCGCUUGCUCCAGUACUACGGUGGCCUGCAUGCACUGCCUGAGGCUGAGGGAGCCCCGUGCACGGAACCCCGAAGCGCAGCAGCAUCAUCGCCGGCGUCGCCCUCCGGAAAGAUGCCAUCGGGAAGGCGGCUAGACGACGGCCGUUCCGCUCUCUUGGAGGCACUGCAAACUCGUCUCCAUGACAUGCAACGCGCCGACUUGGCUGCACAGGCGCUCUCGCCUUUCACUGUGGCAGCCAGCCACCGGCAGCGGCGUAGCGGCAGCGGAACUGGUGGACCGGCGAGUGAGCAGUUGCAUGUCAACCACUUUAUCACGGCCAGCCCGCCCACAGUUCCUCCCACCACAGCGGCGCGGCGCCCGCAGCUGGCACGUCACCAUACAUCGCAAGACAGCCCAAGAAGGCAGCGUUCUGCAGCAAGCGAGCAGUGCUCCGGCUCCGGCACUGCCUGCGCACCGCGCCAGCUCCGCAGUCGCGUUCUGGCGAGUCGCGUUGCCAAGCCACGCACCCGCAGGGCCGAGCAGGAGGGGCGUAGGAAUCGCAGUGGCGCUGUGCCUUGUGAUGCGUCGGGCUCACCGCAGUGCCACUCUGCACCGGCGCCACAGCAAGACUUUAUGCAGACGAUUAAGCCCCCGCAUCGCCAUGGGUUGGCUGGAGCAUUGCAGAUGGCUUCCUGGGCCGCUGCGGAGGCAUUACCUGCUGCUCAUGACCACGAUUCCCGUGAGCGCGGUGCUACAUCACCAGCUGCACAGAGGGUAGCAGUUGCAGGGUUGGUGAAGACAGCGGGAGAGGAGGACCCACACAGGCCCGUAUUGACAGAGGAGCGCAGCGACGGUAUGUUGUCACCACCUGCGCUCGCUUUCACGACGACGAGCAUUACCGGCAAGGCGGAGCUCAACGCCAACAUUGAUUGGCCCCUCACUGCAGGCGACACUCUCUCUCCUGGGGCUGCCGCCGCAAGGCGCGUAUACUGGGAGCAACAGCAGAGAGAAAUGCAGCAGCAGCAGCAGCGUCCUUCGUCUCGCUCAAGAGUGAGCGGAGAGGGGGAUGGGGGCGAGGUGGCGGAGGGGUCAGAGCUCUUGUCAGACAUUGCGCGUCGUUCACAUGUCACACAUGACGAGAGCGACGCGGUCUGCCGUUAUCCGGGAAGCACCCCAAUAGACCGCUAUGGGACCAUCUCUGGCAAGCCCGGCGCGCUCUCGCCAGGCAGCAUCUCCCUCGAAGACUCGGCGCAACGAAGCGAGGUGCUGCCUCUUGCCUGUGUGCCUGGUGCGGCCCCCUCACCCCUGCCGGGCAUUCCAGCUGUCCCAGAGCCCCCGCCGCCACAGAUCCCUGGCGUGCUUCUGCCCCCGCGAGUGACGACGGUGAUGACGACACUGGUAGAGAGGGACAACUGCGCGCCGGCGGCGAUGGUAGACUCAGCAGGCGCGCCAGCAGUCUUCAUGACAGACUUCAAUGGCGCAUCGAUACCAACGCUGUUGUCUCCCAAGAUGAGGUUACCCGAUCGUGAGAGGGACGACAGCGUCGGUACACCUGCUCAGCCAUCAUCCAACGGCGGCGCAUUCUUGGCGAAAGUUGACCACGCUAGUGCGGCGGUGGAUGUCUCCUCGGGACUGUACGGGCAGAGUCGAUACGACGAGAGUAGCAGUGAUGCUGGCCACGCCACACUACCAUUGCAAAGUAAGCUGCCGGAGGGGCCCGAUGCGCAGCACCUUCUCUCAUCUCCGCCUGAGGGUGAAGAGGACGCCAUCACUGCUUCCUCCAUCAGCUCAGAGCAUCUCUCGCACAAACAAGCUGCAGAUGACAACUACGAUGGCGUGACAGGGCUGGCGGCUCACACUGCCAGUAGGCCAGCAGCUGCAGAGCCACAAACGAUCAACGAAUCGGCCGACGAGUUCAAGCUUCCCUGGGAGGUUUAG